GCCCCUUCCCUGGCCCCGCCCCUAUCCUCGCUUUGUCUUCUAGGGAAACCGCAGCCCCCGGACAUUAGUCGCUCCGCUUCCUGCUGCUGUCGAGGGUAACGGUCUCCGGUGUCCCCGUUACGUGUACCCGUGGAGGACGGAAGAUCAGCAAUGUCUCUGUACCCAUCACUCGAGGACCUUAAGGUUGACAAGGUCAUCCAGGCUCAGACUGCGUUUGCAACAAAUCCAGCGACUCCAGCUAUUUUAGAGGAGGCUUCAGCAUCCUCCUCUGCAUCUCAGUAUGGAGGCCUGUAUCCCAAACUGUACCCAGAACUUGCUCAAUAUAUGGGUUUAAGUUUGAGUGAAGAUGAAAUCCACAAGAAUAUGUCCAUAGUGCCCUCAGCUGGGAUGCAGGUGGCAAGACCUUCAGCCAUAAAUAACAUGGUGGCCCCUGUAAGUGGAAGCGAUCUUGGAAUCCGCAGAGCAGAGAUAAAGCAGGGGCUCCGUGAAGUUAUACUGUGUAAAGACCAAGAUGGAAAGAUUGGUCUCCGCCUAAAGUCCAUUGACAAUGGUAUUUUUGUGCAACUUGUACAGGCAAACUCUCCAGCCUCUUUAGUUGGUCUUAAAUUUGGUGACCAAGUUCUACAGAUUAAUGGUGAAAAUUGUGCCGGCUGGAAUUCUGAAAAGUCUCAUAAAUUUCUGAAGCAAGCCGCGGGAGACAAAAUAACUAUGGUGGUUAGAGACAGGCCUUUUGGACGCACCAUCACAAUGCACAAAGACAGCAGUGGACAUGUUGGGUUUAUCUUUAAAAAUGGCAAAAUAACCUCUAUUGUGAAAGACAGCUCGGCUGCAAGAAAUGGCCUUCUGACUGGGCACAACCUGUGUGAAGUUAAUGGGCAAAAUGUAAUUGGAAUGAAGGAUUCCCAAGUUGCUGAGUUGCUGUCCAGCUCUGCAAAUGUGGUUACACUGACUGUGAUGCCGACUUAUAUUUUUGAGCACAUGGUGAAAAGAAUGGCUUCCAACGUGAUGAAGACCUUAAUGGAUCACUCUGUUCCAGAGGUUUAAUACUAUUGUCCUCCUCCUUUUACCCCAGUCUUAAAACCUUGGCUGAGCUAGGACUGACUUUACAAUACGUAUACAGCAGGGUACCCUCUCUGAGAGCAAGGUUUCUACUUCUGCAUGUUCACCUUUUUGUGUUGUACAAAACAACAAGUCCUUUUGCUGUCAGUUCUAUACGAUAUCUGCUCAUUUACCUUUUUACCAGGUAGAAAUCUGUGCAACUUCCAUGUACUCCAGAACCUGUUUACAGCCUCGUAUCUAGUCCUGUAAAAGCCCAAUGAGUUAUACAGUAUAUUUUGAUUACUAUUUAGUCUCACAACUGAUAGCUUGCAUAUAAAUUCUUGCUGUCUGCUGGGAAAUGAGAAAAUGCACUAUAUUCAUGGAGGGCAGGAGUACGUUUCUGAUAAAACGCUGUAAUUUUAUAUCCUCGAGAGCUAUUUUCCUAUGUACGGAUCCUGAUAUAUUUGCAUGCCAAUUUUUGCUAUAGAUAUGCUAUUUAUGUUGCAAAAUGAUCAAAAUAUUAACUCUUGCACAAUGUAAACUUAUUUUUGAAGAAAAACUAUAGCCAUGAAACAUUAACCAUGUCGCCACCUAUUAUUUAGCAGCCAUAUGUUGUCUAUUUGUUAUGGGGGGGCUUAAAGUGAAUCUCCAACUUUUGUUUUUCCCCCUGCAAAAUUCUUAUGCUGAGUAUUUUAAAGGAGAUAUCCCCUUUUUUUUAGAGCCCAAAUGCUUUAAAAUAAUAAAGUAGUUACCACUUCAUUCCCAUGCUGCUCUCCACUUGACCCCACCCCCCCAAUUCAGGCUUCCAUCUGCACCCUAGUCCUUCUUUUUGGAGCAGUGAUUUGGUAACCACCGCAGUCAUAGGUUGUAGUUGGGGCAUCAUGGUUCCCAUCACUGAGCAGUGAUGCCUGGAGAAUAACCAGUGAAUGCUGAGGCGGCUAAUUGACUACUUCCAAAAAGAAGACUGGUGCUGAAGGGAGCCUGAAUGGGGGAUCAGCACAAGAUCAGAGAGAUGGGGAAAGCAUGGAUAACCCCCUUUAAAGGGGUACUCCGGUGAAAAACAUUUAAAAAAAAAUAAUCAACUGGUGCCAGAACGUUAAACAGGUUUGUAAAUUACUUCUAUUAAAAAAAUCUUUACCCUUCCAGUACUUUUUAGCAGCUGUAUGCUACAGAGGAAAUUAUUUUUGUUUUUGAAUUUUAUUUUUUGUCUUGUCCACAGUGCUCUCUGCUGACACCUGAUGCCCUUAUCAGGAACUGUCCAGAGCAGGAGAAAAUCCCCAUAGAAAACCUAUGCUGCUCUGGACAGUUCCUGAUAUGGGC